AUGUUAUCUAGUUUCAAACAGAUUCUUCGACACGGCAAACACGCCCAAUCAUCUCAAGCACCUGCCGCUCAGCCAGACAGCAGAACAAAUCAAUCUGCUGGGCACCGGAAUACCAAAGCAGGGCAACAACAAUCCCCAACACAGACACAAACACAAACACAAGCGUCUCAGCCUCAACAAACCCAGCAAGCAUAUUAUAACAACGAUAUGGCAGGUCAAGGUUUAACGGCCAGCAAUGGUCAACCAGCACAAUCGCAAGCCUCGCAGUCCGGUAGCAAAGCACCCAUGGUGUCUCCUAAUUACAGGGAAGAAGCCGAGCGUAUCGUUGCUGAUGAGAGGGCGCAAAGCGAGAAGAUGCCUGUCUACGAGGGAUUAGAGGGUUAUACUUUGAUUGAGAAGAUGGGUGAUGGAGCUUUCUCAAAUGUUUACAAAGCCGUCGAAAAGAAGACCGGUCGAAAGGUUGCCGUCAAGGUUGUCAGGAAGUAUGAGCUCAAUCAUUCACAGAACGGUAACAAGCAUCUCAAUGCCAAUUUCAAGAAAAGGCCAAGGGUUACAGAGCGUGCCAAUAUCUUGAAAGAGGUCCAAAUCAUGCGAGGUAUCGAUCAUCCGGGAAUUGUCAAGUUGCUCGGCUUCUUUGAAAGCGAGGAACACUAUUUCCUUGUGUUGGAACUAAUGGAAGGUGGUGAAUUGUUCCAUCAAAUCGUCAAACUCACCUACUUCUCAGAAACCUUGUCAAGACACGUGAUACUUCAAGUCGCUGAGGGAAUACGAUAUCUCCACGAAGAGCGUGGAGUGGUGCAUCGUGAUAUUAAGCCCGAAAAUCUGCUUUUCGACCGAAUCCCGAUCAUACCCUCUCGAUCACCAGCACAUCGUCCUUACGACGAAGAGAAGGAGGAUGAAGGUGAAUAUAGACCCGGAAUUGGUGGUGGUGGUAUCGGUCGUGUGAAGAUAGCCGAUUUUGGUCUUUCCAAGAUUGUCUGGGACGAACAGACUAUGACACCUUGUGGUACCGUUGGUUACACCGCCCCCGAGAUCGUUAAAGACGAAAGAUAUAGUAAAAGUGUGGAUAUGUGGGCUUUGGGUUGUGUAUUGUAUACGUUGCUUUGUGGUUUCCCUCCCUUCUACGAUGAAAGUAUCAACGUUCUUACCGAGAAAGUCGCUCGAGGUUACUACACUUUCCUAAGUCCGUGGUGGGAUGAUAUCUCGACAUCCGCCAAGGAUCUCAUCACACAUCUUUUGUGUGUCGACCCCGCUCAACGAUAUACCAUUGAUGAAUUCCUUGCCCACCCAUGGAUCAAAGAAGCUCCCUCAUUGCAAGUACCUCAACCAGCACCUCCCAGAAUGCCAAAUUCGACAGCAGAGAACGCACCUCUCGAUUCACCACUUCUCGCUUCCAUCCGAGCUGGUAAUAGGGAAGGUCGAUCACCUGGUAUUGGUGCUCUUAAAGAAGCGUUCGAUGUUACUUAUGCUGUUCAUCGAAUGGAAGAGGAAGGUGCACGUCGGCGCGCAUACAACGGACCUGGUGGAGCUGGAACUCGAGGAUUCUUGCAAGGUCUCAAUGAGGAAGAUGAAGAAGAGGAUGAAAAUGUGCAACUCGAAGAGGCCAGACGUAAACACGGAGAAGCUGUUGCCAGACAAAUACAACAGCAUCGAGGUCGGGAUCUUGCCAAUGCCGCUGCCGGAGUCAAAGAUCAACCGACCCAACAUUACGCAGGUAGAGGAGGAGCCAAUCGAAGAGAAGCUGAAGCUGUUUUAUACGACGGAAGAGCUGGACAAAGAGAUAGAGCCAGAGGUGGUAACAAUGCUGCCAAAACUUCCACGAGUGGCUUCGAAUUGGAUAUGGGUAAUGCCACUUUAUUGGGUAGAAGAGGUAAAAAGACUGCUCCUAGUCCUUUAGGUCAACAAACUCAAACUCCUCAAGCUGCAGGUUCGCCAAUGCACUUUUGA